AUGUGUUCUCUGAUAUACACCAGUGUUUCGAGUGUAUUUUCCCGCCGCUCGACGUAUCAUUGGGGUACUCCUUCCGACUCUCCUCCUUCCGACUCUCCCCGCUUCACGAUCCUGCGUGGCUUGGAACGAGAAAACUUUGGCCUAGAUCACAUCUUAGUAUGCUGUGGCUUUGUCACGAAAACUUCCGAGCAUCAGGAGGACCCAUCUAUAAUUCCCUCGGGGACAUAUCUGAUAGGCCGAUUAGAGAUAUCUGCUAAGAAGGACGAUCCUGCCGCGAAGUUCGUAAAAUAUCAGACGAUUCCUCGCGAUCCGGGAUCAGAGGGUGGCAUGUUUAUGGCCACUCAACUUUCGGACGAAUGUAUCAACACACAUUCGCGAUGCAUCCCGCCGCAAAUAACCUCCCUGCCGAGACGUGUUUUAGACGUUGGCUCCAUUGUCGACGACACGAUUUUUCUUCUUAUUUCGGAAGAUCGCAAAGCAAGCUAUGCCACACUUAGCUACUGUUGGGGAGGUCCGCAAGAUAUCAUUCUGAGCGAAGGCACUUGGGAGGCGAUGACUCAAGGAAUCGCACUUUCUGAGCUUCCGAAAACUAUUCAGGAUGCCGUGACGGUCACUCGAAGAUUGGGUCUUCAAUAUCUUUGGGUUGAUGCGCUGUGCAUUAAGCAAGAUUCAGCCCGGGAUUGGGCCUCGGAAUGUGCGAAAAUGGCAAAUAUCUAUGGAAACUCAACUGUAACAAUCGCAGCCGCUGCUGGCUCUGACUGUAAUGCCGGUUGCUUUAUUAAGAGCAGUCGUUAUACUGAUCGAAGAUUGAUUGGGAUCAAGCUUCCUCUCCCUGACUUGAGCAUGGGGACCAUCUUCUUUGGUGUGCAAAAUGAGUACGAACCGUGGAAAGAUCCACUCCAUAAAAGAGCUUGGGCACUUCAAGAACGCCUUCUGUCUCCAAGGCUCUUAAUAUAUAGCUUGGGAAAUGUAUCGUGGCAAUGCCAGACCAAAGUACAAAGCAUCGGUAUCGGAUCAGCCCGCCUACCAGAUUUCUUUUUCAAAAAGGCACCCGCCAACGGACAAGAGAUUUGGCAAUGGAACAGGCAAGUCUCACACCACAAUUCUAUAACACUGGAAACAUUUUGGCUUCAAAUUUCCUUAGAUUAUUGCCGUCGGGCUAUCACUCGCGAGCACGAUAGACUCCCGGCACUUUCUGGUAUCGCCAAAAGAUUUCGGGAUGUGACAGGAGAUGUGUAUCUGGCUGGUCUUUGGAAGGGAACUCUUUGCCAGGGGCUUAUGUGGCACGUUGGAUUUGCGUUGGAACCUCGAUCAUCGAUAUAUCAAGCCCCGACAUGGUCGUGGUUGAGUGUCCAGGGGCCAAUAUUUUAUGCCAAUGAGAAGGGGGCUAGAGAUUCUCCCCUAAUCGAAAUUAUCAAUACCGAAACAGUUUUAGCUGGCCCAGACGCAACCGGAGCAGUCACAAGUGGGAAGAUCAAGCUCCGUGGCCAAAUGAAACGAGCUCGACAGAAACUAGAUGACGAGCUUUGGGGAGUUGGCGCUGAGAGCCUUGUUAGAGCUGGUCACGCUCUCCUAGAUCAUGAACCGAAGUUCAUAGAUGCUAUGGAAGGCCCACUGUGGUGCUUGCGAGUUUCCAAAGAUGAAGGAUUGCUCCUAAAGCCUUCGGGGGAAGACUACCAACGUGUUGGAAUCUUCCUUUCGGGCUUGAACAGAGAUAAUGGGGUGACGGGCCAAACAUGGUUCGAAGAUUGCGAAAUGCAGAUCUUGACGCUUGUGUAG